AACGGAGACUUGGAGAAGAGAAGUGGUCUGCCCGUGUGGGCCUUAAUCCUCCGUGCAGCCGCCUCCAGCUUGAACUCAGGACUUCUCUGCUAGGCUCAAGUAGUUUCCAGGCCAAAUCAGUGCUCAGGAAGGGAGAGGGUCCACUUUCCCCACUUGAUUAGUUGCCCUCAUAUCUCCUAGGAGAGGAGACAAGAGUACAAAAUCAGGGCUCAGAAUGUGCUUCUACAGCUGAAAAAUGUACAGGAUCUCGGGCUGCCUCGUCCCACUGGGUUGGAAUAAGCAGGAUGAACACUAUGUUUCAGAUGCUGGGGUUCUGCCCAUGACACCUGGGCUCCGAUCCACCUUUUCAGUUAUUAGGGUCAUUGAGGUGCUAGGUGCUGGCCCCGAUCUGUGGCAAAACGGCAGGCAAAAGGACUUCUGCAUGUGGGAAGCUGAGUCAAGCCUGGAAGGGCUUCUUCCAUCCUACCCCUAUCCUAUAAUCUUACAGCCCCACGAGUGAGGCAGCAGGCAGUCUCCAAGCCGGGAGGCAGAAAAAACCUGUGUCCACCAUGAUUUUGACCCCAGAGAACCUACUUCCUGAUCUUAGUAUUGGCCUAACUCUUGGUAGAGGCAAGACAGAUUAAAUAAGAAGGAUGAGGUGCUUGAGAAAAGCAAGGCAAAGUAAAGAGCAUCAGUUUUAAAGGCUCUUUGCCAUUUUUAAGAUGCUCUUUGAUCUGGCUUUCCUCUGAAUAAAAGAUGUAGGAGUUAAAGGAGAGUGAGCACGUUAAACUAUUCAGCAAAGUACAUAGUGCAGGGCUUGAAGGCAGGUGAAGUCUGGGUCCUUGGCUGUGAGACUUGAGUGCCAUAUCCAGCCUCUCUGGGCUUCAUCUUUCUCCUCUGUGAAAUGGAGAUGGUAGCACCUCCUGUGGAUGGCGUGGUGUAGGUGGUGGGGCUGCUGAAGUGAGCCGACAGCCCUACGGCAGAUGACACACUGCUGGCCUCCUGAGAGGUUUGGACUUCCUAAAACAUCCUUUCAUAGUGGCCAAGCCCACCUGCUAAUGGGACAUCUGCCAGCUCCUCCCCCCGCACCAUAGCGACUUUUGCAGAGUAGAGUAGUGGCCUCAUCGCCCAUCCAUGCCAGCUGUGGCAGGACACAAGGAACAGCGGCAGCCAUGCCUCCCCCUGCCCUGGCCACCCCUUGCCCUCCACGCUAACCUGCAAGGUGUGGAUGCCUAUGGGACCCCAGAGGAUUGACUGUCUCAUCUGGCUUUCUAUCCCCAGUAAUAAGCCCCCCAAGAUGUCACUCGAGUGGCUAGUGGCCUGGAGCUGGUCCCUGGAUGGCUUGAGGGACUGCAUCGCCAGUGGCAUCCAGUCUGUGCGGGAUUGUGACACCAGUGCUGUGGUCACCGUGGCCUGCCUGCUGGUCCUGUUUGUGUGGUACUGCUACCACGUGGGCAGGGAGCAGCCACGGUCCUACGUCUCUGUGAACUCACUCAUGCAGGGUGCUGAUGCCAACGGGCUGCAGAACGGUUACGUGUACUGCCAGUCACCCGAGUGCAUCCGCUGCACCCACAGCGAGGGCCUCAACCAGAAACUCUACCACAACCUGCAGGAGUAUGCCAAGCGCUACUCAUGGUCCGGCAUGGGCCGCAUCCACAAGGGCAUCCGUGAGCAGGGCCGCUACCUGAGCAGCCGGCCUUCCAUCCAGAAGCCUGAGGUCUUUUUCCUGCCUGACCUCCCCACCACGCCGUACUUCCCAAGGGACGCACAGAAACAUGAUGUCGAGGUGCUGGAGCGGAACUUCCAGACCAUUCUGUGUGAAUUUGAGGCCCUCUACAAAGCUUUCUCAAACUGCAGCCUCCCACAGGGGUGGAAAAUGAACAGCACCCCCAGUGGGGAGUGGUUCACCUUUUACUUGGUCAAUCAGGGCGUUUGCGUCCCCAGGAACUGCAGGAAGUGCCCACGGACGUACCGCUUGCUGGGAAGCCUUCGGACCUGUAUUGGGAACAAUGUUUUCGGGAACGCGUGCAUCUCCAUGCUGAGCCCCGGGACUGUGAUAAACGAGCACUACGGGCCCACAAAUAUCCGCAUCCGGUGCCACUUGGGUCUGAAAACUCCCAGUGGCUGUGAGCUGGUGGUGGGAGGUGAGCCUCAGUGCUGGGCAGAAGGCCGCUGCCUCCUCUUUGAUGACUCCUUCCUGCACACUGCAUCCCAUGGAGGUUUGGCCGAGGAUGGCCCACGGGUGGUCUUCAUGGUGGAUCUGUGGCAUCCCAACGUUGCAGCUGCUGAACGGCAGGCCCUGGAUUUCAUCUUUGCCCCAGGACGAUGAGAAAAUUACCUGUGCAGGAGCUGGUGAGGGGCAGGGAGCCCAGGUGGCCACAGGAUGGUUCAGCCAUGCCCGAGCCUGGAUUCCAUGCCCGGAAACCUAUCUCAUUGGAACCCUCUCCUUGGGUUUCCUGUCAUAUGGGAUCCCUCUUUCCUUUGGAUAUUGUAAAUGGGAAAUUUUCAGCUUGUAUUUCCUUUGAUUUCAGUCAUUGCUCUGGAGAUUGCUUUCUGGCCUACCAGUGCAUCCUUUUGACUCUGACCAGUGACUUGGUACCUGUUGGUCUUGUUCCAUUGCUACAUGUUUUUUUUUCAGUGUUCUGAAAUAGAGUAACCAAACAGUUUCCAGUCUGAAUGUCAUCAUGUAAAACUUCUUGUAGUCAUCUUCAAAGGAAAAACAGAACACAAGCCAGAGAGCUGGAGAGCUUGCCUCUGAUGCUGGCGUACAGGAGGCCUUUACUACCCCAGGCAGGGACAGUUUGGGUCCGUGCUCCAGGCCGGCUUCGUUAGUGUGGGGAGGGGCUGCCGGACACUGUGAGAGCUGGUGUGCGGAGUCAGGGCCGGGGAGACCGACACCAUCACUGUCUCGCUCCAGACUGUCAAGUCCCAGCCGGCAAGAGUGCUGGGCUGCAGUGACCAGAGGCCUUUCUGUGACUGCGCUUUCCAACUGAGCUGAGGCCUGUGUCCUGAAGAGUAAGGCCGGGGCUCCCCCAAGUCAGCCACAGAAUGGGAUCCAUUUACCUCACUGCCCACAGAGCCUACUGCCACACUGGGCCUUGACGCUUCCCGCUGUAGGUGCUUUGAGUCCAGAGUGGUGGAGGUUACACUGUCAGGUGGGCUAGUCAGAGCUAUGCUGGGCCUCGUGAUUGCCUGAUGACAGACAUUCCAGGAACACCCUUCCCUGGCAAACUGGAGUCCUAAGUCUGGUGGUGUCUGACUUGCUUUGCAAUUCUGUUUCCUGAUUUUCACUUACCCGUCUUUAGGUAAGUGUUCCAAUGCUACAGUUGGAGACAGUAGAAGGGCCAAUCCUGGGUCUUUCUCGUUGCACGGGGAUAUGUGCACUUCGUCAUAGUAACCCAGGCCAGUAUAUACAAGGAGCCCUGGUCCCUGUGCUGGCUUUGUGGUCUCCUGUGAAGGACACUCAGAUCUUAUUCCAAAGCAAAGGGCCCCCACAGGCCAGUUUGAGGUCCUCAGUCAACUAAGUCGCUCCUGGCCACAUUAGAGAUGCCUUUUGGAAGUGUCCAGCCUCAUUCUAGCGAGCCUCGGAGUGGAUGGAACGUACUGCUGUCACGGGCCCUGAAGUGGUGUUUCUGUCUGGUGCAGACCCACAGCUGCUGGGAGAGGCAGCUCUCGGAAACACCAUCUGAAAUGUACUAGGUAGUUAGCAGCCCGUGUGCACAGGUCACGUCUGUGGUUGAGUUUUAAAACAUCUACCCAGAUAUGUUCCAGUAA